GUCAUCCAGAAAUUUAUCCUUUAGUAUUAACCACCAAGACCCAGGAAAUAUUUAACUGCCGAAUAGAUGAAGAUAUCACAGAUGAACAACCUUAUAAGCUUAUCAAUAAAGAGGAUAUUUUUGAGGACCUGCGCAACAGAGCUGCAGUAUCUGAUUUCCACCCCGUCAAAAAAAUUGUUCAGGAAUAUCCUGGAAAUGAGCUUCUGCUUGUUUAUGACAAAGACUUCAAAUAUGGACUUAACUUUUAUCUUAUUGGAACUGAAGAGGGCAAAGAAAACUAUUUAAAUCCCCCAGAAGUAUCAGAAGAACAAGAGGAAUAUAAAGAAUAUAUUCCUGAAGAUGUGUAUAUUUAUAAACCACCUGUCUCUAAACCAUGGGUUUCUUUGGGCAGUGAAAAAGAAAUUGAGGAAGAAUCAGUUACGGAAUCUACAAAGCAGAUUACAUAUAUGAUUUCUCGAAAACGAAGUGAAUUUGGUGUACCAAUUAAGUUCAGUGACCAGAAUGCUUCCAGUGUAAAAGAUGCCUAUAUUGAAUGUACAGCCUACCCAGAUAAAAAUUUUACCCUUAAACAACUUGAAAAAGAUGUUGGCAUGCAAGUAAUCCCCCAAAUAAAGGACAUAAGCACUCAGACAAAAUG